ACCACUGCCACGUUUGCUCGACAUGAUUUCCACAGUCCGAACGACGCUCGGUUUAUACAGUGGAAUGUGCGUUUAAUAUUGUCCGUUUGAAAAAUAUACACGAGUUUUCAAGUGCCGAACGAACGCGAUAAUAUGCACUUAACUGUCGGAUUCAAAACCUACACUAUUCUACAGUAAAUCUCAAACGUAAGCCCUAUCCGCCGCAACCAUGGCGAAAUCCAGCACUGGACCAAGCAGGGUUUUGCUAGCCGGUUUCUUCUUGGCCGUCAUUCUGGAAAUGGUCUCGUCGUACGUGACGAUCAAACACAACACUUGUUCGAGAUCACCUUGUCAUAGCAACGGCAAGUUUAACUAUUUGUCCAACACCCUGUACGUUUAUCAAAACGCCAUUCGGAUACAGACCACGUUUGAUAAAUCAAAAAAUACCGCCGCGGUGGCGGAGUUUCAUUUUAAAGUCCAUCUGUACAUCAACAACUGUGAUGGCAUCAUAAGCAUUACCAACACCAAAAUUUACAAAGGAGUCAAACAUAGAAACUCCAACGCUAACGUAGAAGAAGAAGACGUUUCGAACUCGAAUGACGAGCUAAAAUACAAAGACUUAGAAGAACACGCUCUGAGAUUUUCUUUCCACGACGGACACAUCAGCACGAUAUGCCCCGAAAUAGGAGAACCGGAAUGGGCGUUGAAUAUCAAAAAGGGAGUUCUGUCGGCGUUCCAAAACCGAAUGGAAAGAUUCGACAUUCACCACACCGUGGCAGAGAGAGAUAUCAAUGGCUUUUGUCCUACCACCUAUUCGUUUCUAAAGUCGAACGGAACGCAAAUGAUUGUGGACAAAGUGAAAGACAUAUCGGAGUGCACGGAGAGAUAUCAGAUGCACUCGAUAAUUCCCACGUCACCUUAUGUGUUUCAAAGCAAAUACCAUAAAUGGUCGCCGGUGAAAUCCGUUUUCGUCUGUUAUCAUUACAUCGAUCACCAUGUAAUCGUGAAGAUCGACUGCCAGGAAAAACAUUCGUUCCAGCCGUUUGCCAGCAACGAGACUAACAGCGCCAGAACGAAAAUAUUUCAGACAAUGGAGUUGAUCAAAGAAGAGUCCACCCUUUACUCGUCUACUCCCGAAUUGUACGAUAUAACUUCAAGACAACCGUUGCUGUUCAAUCAUAUACUUAUAAUUAAUCCGGAUUCUGACGAUACAGAAAAGACGGCUGGUCUCAUCAAAGUUUUAUGCAGCAUGAGCGAAGGACAAUUUAAUCCCGAUUUUCCCAGUGAAUUCUAUCAAGUCAUACAGGCCGCAAGAAAAUUAACUUACGGAGGUCUAAGCGACCUUUACAAACUCGCACUGAACGGUUUAUGCCCAUCAGCUAUAAAACACCUCCAAAGCGCAUUGACAUACAUACGCACUCCGCCGUCGGUUAUUCUUAUGAAAGACCUUUUACGAGAAGGAUCCGUCAGCGAUUCCAAACAGUCUAAAGAAUGGUUAAUGGCCAUAGCCAUGUUUGACAGACCUGACGCUCAAGUGGUCCGCGAAGUGUCUCAGCUGUUGUAUACCACCAACGUGUCGUCUGAUACGGUGCUCAGCGUCACUUCUCUGAUUCACACUUAUUGCAAAAAAAACCGCGGCUGUGAUGAAGACGUUAAGCUCAUGGAAGACAUCUUGUUUAUAGAAGAAAAAAUCAAGGAAAACGUGAACGUGCACAAAAACAGAAGCGAGGCAUUGAUCUGGUUGAAAUCUUUGGGAAAUCUUGGACUGACUUCUGCCACGACCGUUGAAACCCUCAACUCGAUCAUAGCAAAUGACGCCAUCGCUUCGGAGAUACGAGUGUCUGGCGUUCAGGCGUACAGACGAAUCCCAUGCAACGUAACGAGGCCGAUCAUGCUGAAAAAUUAUCUAAACCAGUCUUUGGAUUCUGAAGUACGUAUCGCAGCCUACUUGCAAGUGAUGAGCUGUCCCGUGUACAGCAUCGUAAGGCAUAUAGUUGCUUCUUUGGAUAACGAAAAAGUCAAUCAAGUUGGAUCGUUCGUUUAUACUCAUUUACAAAACUUAAAAAAAACUUCAGUGCCGUUUUUCUUGGAACUGCAAACCAUGUUGUCCGGUGACAUCCAAAAGAAGUUCAAAACCGACAUUCGGAAGUUUUCUAGAAACUAUGAAACUUCUUUUUUGCUGAGUGAAUACGGAGUUGGUGGAUCGGUCGACACAAACAUUAUAUUUUCACCCAAGUCUUACUUGCCACGUUCAAUUAUGUCCAACGUUACGUUAAGUUUGUUCGGCGAAUAUAUUAAUUUACUAGAGGUAGAAAUUUACGGAGAAGGCUUCGAAAAUUACGUUGAAGCGUUGUUUAAACCCGGAGGAGUGUUUAGUGCAGAAAAAGUGAGAAAAGGAUUGGAUCUGUUGCGUAUCGUCCGAAGCGUUUUGCCGGAAACCCUCAGGGAAAGAAUAAACGCUCUACCCAAUAUUGUAUCCGAGAACAUACCUCCACCGAAGAUAUCUUUGGCAAUUAAAAUGUUCGGCAAUGAAAUCAAAUUCUUGCAACUGAACGGAGUGGACGAAAUCAACGAAGCUAUCCGAUCGUUUGACAUAUACAACAUAAUGAAGACCUUCUUAAACGGAAGAGAAUUUAAAUACGACCGAUCUUCUAUGUUUAUGGACCUUAAGUACGUUGUCCCCACUGGGGUCGGCAUGCCUUUAGCUUUAGACGCCGUCGGCACAUCUGACAUCAAUUUCAACAUGUCGAGCUAUAUCAAUUCUGAAAUUUUCAAGAGAUUCGGUGAACUCAGGUUACAGACCAAGAUACAUCCUAGUUUAGCAUUAAAUCUAGAAGGUUCAAUGACCAUGGACCUACAUUACGAAACCACCCAAGCCAAAGUCAAAUCUAAAUUGUACACAUCUACCGCAUUCGAAGGAAAUGCGGAGAUCAAAGGAUACAAAUUCGUUUCCCUAGUAUUCGAUUUGCCAAAAACUAGGUCGGAUAUUAUAAGCAUAGAAUCAGAGUUGUACUUGGAAACUCACAAGUUGGAAAUAGAUUUGCCUAACUUCCAAAAAAAUGCAGCAAACGCGUCUGCGCUAUCAUAUAGUUUGCCCAUUCUGGAAGAAAUGAUGGGUUUAAAGUUGUUCACCAACUACAGACUGCCAAACAUCACUGAAAUGAUCAAGUCGCCAAUGAUCAUAUUUAAUGGUCCCCUCAAGUUCAGCGUUUUCCUUCAAAAAUCCGACGUCAGAGUCAAAAAAUAUGUACUAGAGUAUAAAUGGCUUACCGGCAAAAAAAAUUCAACCAUAAGCGUUGAGUACCAAACGCCUGGGUCAGAAAUCAAACAUUACAUGAAGGCGCUGAUGGAAAUUGAUUCUCAGACACAAAAUUUCUCUCUAUUUGUCCUAGGCAAAACCAUUAAACUACAGUCUUUAGGUUUAUAUAGAAAUUCUCCCUUACACAAGCAAGUAACAUUCACGAUGGACAUAAACGAUGUCAGACAUAUCGACUUGUUGAUGGAACUCAGAAUUCAAGACGAGAAAUAUGGCCGCCUGUACUUACCCAAAGUAUACUUGGACAUAAAUGAAAAAAGAAUUGCUGAACUCGACGGUCAGUAUAAAUGGGUAGAGAAAAAAGGAAUAUCACAGUGUGACAUCAGUUUAACGUUUAAGACUGCCCGGUUGGAUUCCACCAUUGCGGGUUACAUUAAAAUCAAUGACGCCUCUACUGCGCUCAAUUUGCUUUUCCAGUACACGUUCGAUCAGUCGACGAAUCCGGAGACCGUUAAAUUGGAAGUUAAAAUUAGCGAGCGGUCUACCAAAGCAUUGACUUCGCUACAAGGAAACAUGCAAUUGGAGUCGUCGGCAUAUCCACACAUCAAUCACGUGACAGCUGUCACAUAUCAGAAAGCUCAAGGACACACCGAAUGUCGUGUCGAUUUUGUGAAUUACCCAUACCUAAAAGACAAAAACAAACAACUUCACAUUGAAUUUGGUUUUACUGAGAUCAAGUAUUACUCCGGUAGUAAAAUAAGUUUAAACUUGUUCGUCACUAAGCCGUCGGAGAACAUUUUGUUUAAAUUUAUUACGAACCAUCAGAGCACGCAAACUACUUCUAAUACAGCAAUGAUCAUCCAAUACGCGACAGAUAAGAACAUCACGAUAAAACUGGACGUCCUCAUGCCUCAAAGUCUUCUGUUGAACAUCGACACAAGAUUAAGAGUAACCAGGCCGUCAUCGAAGCAGCCAUUGGACGUUCACGUUGUGGUUAAAGAAAAAGUUAUGAAUGAGUAUGAUAUUGAUUUUGCGGGAACAUGGUUUACCGGGAAAAACGUCACGGCCAGAGGAUUGUACCAAGACCAUUCGCUGUACUAUCUGACGAGUCACACGUUGAAACUCUUGAUACAGUCUCCCAUGUUUAAUGACAUCGUUUUCUUGGGCAAGAUAUACGUGUCCGACGAAGAGUAUCGGUUAGAGUCAUGGGUAGACCACAACAACACCAAACAUGCCAUUCUCCUGAGGCACAUAGCUCAUUCGGACAUGCUGUACGAAUCUUUUUGCGAACUGAAAUUGAACACUAGCACUUAUUCGUUGUCUAAUCAGAUAGAUUUGCAACAACACGAACUGACUUUGGAAAUACAUUUAGAUCAGUACAGAGAUAUAUCGGUUUACGGAAAAGGCUACGCCAACGAGUGGAAUUCUCAUACAGUGUUCGAUGUCAAAUGGGACGCUAACCGAGACCCGGAUCAGAAGUUUUCGGUGGUAUUCAGAACAAACACCAGCGAUAUCACCGAAGGCGAGCGAUUUUACGGUCUCAUCGUUAUCCAGUACCCUGGCCGUAUAGUCAAAACCGACUUGGAAUUAAAAUACAUCGGACAACACUAUUUUUUACUGAGUUCGCUCGAAUGGAGUCCUACGUCAAAAAUUGAUUUUUCUCUUAUACUAGAAAAUGAUUUGCUGUCCAAAGGAAGCGGCUUCAUAGGUUGCAAACUGCAAACGCCGUUUGAAAACUGGACGAAAACUAUGUAUGAACAAAGGGUCAUGAUAGGUCCACAGAACUUACACACUAACGGCAGUGCCAUUUGGCAAGGUACUCAAUAUCUGAACUUUGACGUACAAUCCGGUUACUAUACAUUAGACGAAGAUUUCGGUUUCUCUUUCAACACGGGCGUCAGAAGUUCUCUGCAGGACUUGAACGCCAUCAGAGUGUAUAUCAACCACAACUACGGCACAAACAGUUUCAACACGAGCAUCUUACUUCAGAUAAACCCCAAGUACGUGUUAUCGCUGGCGGUUACGGGUAAAAUCGUCGUCACCAAAAUCGAAACCAUUUACAGCGGAUCGAUAAGCACGUUGACGCCGUUUUUCUACUACAAAACGAUCAAUUUCGAAACGCAAGUGGGCUUCCAAGAAAAGAAACUCAAUGGUGUUCUAGGUUUACAAAUAGACAAGAGCAACUUUACAGCUGAGUUUCACGGCGUAUACAGGCCGUUGGACAAUAGUAAGAUAUUGUUGAGGUUGACGACGCCUUACGAAAACUACAGGGUCCUGCACGGUAAGUUGGGUUACAAAGCCAGGGAAAAACACUUGUUUCUCGAUGUCUACGGUGAAAAUUUCAAGUUGGGCGGUGAAAUUCUGUAUUACUACAAAAACCUGUCCAACUAUAACAUCAAACUACGGGUAAACACUCCGGUCGCACCACUCAAACAGUUGGUGAUCGCUGGCAAGCUCAAUAGCGAUCUGGCCGAUUACCGUAUUGGGUGGAAUCACUUUAUAUUAGGAUUUGCCGGCAUCUCGCACUACAUCAGCUGGUCAGAUUUCGAGUACGGGCUACAAAUCCACACGCCAGUCGAGAAAUUCAACUACAGCAGCGCCACUGUGAAAAUCUAUAUCGUCGACGACAUCGACUGCGAAAUCCGAGCCGUUUUACCGGACACCUCGAUGAUCGGCGUCAAGCUUGUUUACGAGACGAUUCCCAAACAAGAAGAGAUAGAUGAAUAUUACUACGACGAGGAUGCGGAAAUGGCCAUGGUUUUAUACAACGGUCUGCUUGAAAUCGACACAGCGUUUUAUCCGUCCGUAGUGGCUAAUUACAAGGUGUCCCAAAACGGUAUCAUGUACACAACAGAAGUCGGGCUGUCGGCGAUUAUCAUAAAAGUGGCACUGAUCGACGAACUCUACUUGAAAAACUUCUUGGACAUAAAAAAUGAACUGCAUGUCACGACGUCUUACCAGCGAUUUUCAAAGGUAUUUUCGGAAUUUUCCGUGUACGCUGAAAACGGAAACCAUAUCGUCUCCAACUCCAUCGUGUCCAUAGUCAAUUUUAAUAAGACGCUGAAGACUACGUUAGACAUAGACUUCUUGGCAACGCCACUUCCAGAUCCAGUAACGGAAGAGUCAGAUGAUCCAGAUGCGCAAAGCAAUAUGCCUUCUGGUAAAUACGAAACCCAGUUCUAUUUGACUUCGCCGUUCAAACUCUUAGAGUUUUGCAAUUCGAGCAUUACCGUGAAAAUACAGAAACAGUUUUACGAAACAAACAUCACAGUAAAAACCAAUUACACAAACUUGCACGUCGUGGGCAACAUGGAGGUUUAUGAAGGGUACUUUGACACCGAAGUGGACGUGGACGUCGUUUCUAAGCUUUUUGAACUGCCGGUGUUCCAAGUACGCAUCAAGAAAGACUACACCGAAAUCGAGAAGAAAGUUGAAUUCUUGAUCAGUCGUCCUAAUAAAUUACACAAUAACGAAAUCGUGUUUGACAUCAAGAGCUCGUGGCAGAUAGACGGAUACAAUUUUAUUAAGUUAAACGGUGAGAUUACCACUCCAUUCGCCGUGCUCAGUCACGUCCAAGGUAGUUUGCAGUACUUCCACCAGAACCACACUAAGACGUAUUUCCUGGAGUCGUACUUGAAUUACUCACGAAAAGCUGAGAUGAAGGCCAGGGCUCAUCUCAAGGAGCAGUCAGUCACUCUGAACCUAGAAUCCUCUCUUGAAGGCUUAAGGAAUGUGCAUUUCACUGGCUCGUUGAUCGCUAAAGACGGGCGAAAAGCAAUCGAUGCGAUUAUGAUCGGCGACCAAACUUACAGGAUCAGCGGAUGGGCGUCUGCAAACAUGACGUGCCCAUUAGCUCUAGAGGCGCAUUUGACCAAAGAAAAUAACGCCGUCGGAAGUAUUGUGAUGGAAGUCAGGCAUAAUUCUGACGGCUACAAGAUAUUAGCCAUGUUGCAGUCGAUCAAAAAGAUAAUACGUCUAAAUACUCUGAUAGUUUCAACGGAUAAAGGGAAAAUGACAACAGUAGAGAUAGCUUCAUUGCAAGAAACUUCUCAAGCAAUGUUCGUAAAAAGUUCUUUGAUAUUCAAAAGACCUGGUGUAUACGUGGUAAACGUUCAAGGCGAAUCGAUCAUCGACGGUAUAUCCACGUUGUUGUUGGGAAACGUUAAGUUAUGGUUCAUCGGCGAUAGAGGAGUGAUCAGAAGCUCCAUGGACUCGAGGUAUUUACAAGGUCACGUCAACAUUGACUGGGUGCUGUCGUCUCCUCAGCACAUUUGGGGUGUGGUCGACAUCGAGUAUGCACUAAACCGAGUAACUUUCCAAAAAAUUUUCUCGAAAAUGUACUUUAUCGCGCCCGAAAACAGUAUAAGUCAAAUCACUUUUGGUGCCAGAGUGGUGGCAAACAACAAAUGGACGUUUCAAGCCAACUCAACUGCCAUGAUACCAUCGUUGCGAAACAUAUCUUUUGCUACGAAUUUGAUAUUGCCUCAAAACGUCACCAACAAAUACGUCAUCGUUGGAAACCUCAGAAUAGAAGAUCAAUUUGAAUACAUUUCGCAUCUGUUCCGUUACCGGGCACCGGACGUCAACUACGAGUUCGCUACAUUCAGUGAGGUGCAUUGGGAUAAAAAAGUUAACGGGUUAGUUUCUUGGGCGUACAGGACCGAAAACCGAGUGUUCCUAAUCGACACAUUCAACGGUGUCACCAUGGAUAAGUUCUACGAUGUGGAAAAUGUGUUCGACGCUAGUUUUCUCAAACACCGACACGUGUCGAAUUUGCUUUACGAGAGGCCUACUAAACCACAUAAAAUCAAGCUGAACGUAUUCUAUCCUGCCGAAGUCAAGAUCACAUCGGCCAUCGUGGACUUUGAAUCGUUCGACAAUUUCAUAUCUUUCAUCAACACGACCACGCCGUUUGUCACGAUACCUUACUUCGCUCUGCGUAUAAUUGCCGAAACACUACCGUUAAACUAUCAUCGUCACAUCGAAGUGUUUUGGCCGCACAACAGCGCCUUGUUAAACGCCACCAACGCGAAAACCCAAAAGACCAAAAGCACAAUGAACGUCGGCGAAAUUCUGUUACAGUUUCCCAUCGACAAGAAACAUCACAUCGGUCGGUUCGAAUUUAAAUAUGAAGAUUUAAUCAAGGAAAUCGUCGGCGACUCGAGAGUGGUGUACGACCAAAAGAAAAUAAUCGAAGGAAACUUUACUAGAAAGUUCACCAAUCACGACGACGGAUUUUUGGACGACUUUAUAGAUUUGACCGUUCAAAACAAAAUUAUACCCUUAGGCGUCAAGUACUUGCACCGGGUGAACAACGGUAGUCACGUUGGCGACGUCGAACUACCUAGAGUGGAUUUCAAAAGGAUGGAAGUGUUCAAAUUGCACAACGAGAGCGAAUUCAACGUGACGGGUGAAAUGAUGCAAAACAAAUACGAAAUCGCCAGGGACACGACGGUGAAAGUGAUAAAUUUCAACAGAAGCGUGGUGAUCAAUUCGCAUUACGACGACGAUACGGACGAUUCGUACACCAGGAACGUCAAAGUAAUCCUAAACCCAGAAGCUUGGAUGCAUUCGGCUCUGAAAGUGGCCUAUCACAACUCGACCCCCACCGAAUACGGUAAACUCAUCGAUGUUAACAUUGCGUAUCCUAGAAGGAACUUUUCUGUGAUCAGCGACGUGGAAACCGACGCCAAGUACUUCAUGUCUAAGAUGACGUUUGUGCAACAAAAACCGUGGCCUGACGAACCUUACGUGUUCGGCUACCGUUUCGAUUGGCACAAACUCGAAUCCAAAGUUGACAGACACCGAGUGGUUAUGCUGCUUAACCAUCCUUCGUUUGAAAAGGAUGUAACAAUAAGAGGAAAUUAUUCGCGUGGCAACACAGUACUGUUUGAUUUGAACGCAGACUACGAUUACGCGACAGAUCCUUCCAGGAAGUUCACAAUCGGUUGCUUGGUCGAAAACCAUUCCCAAAAAUCCAAACGCAAUUAUUACUACUCGCUCAAGAGCAGACAUUUGACCACCCGGUUUAAGCUAGACGCUUCCGGUACCUUUAAGUCGCAAGAGUUCUUCCAUUUCUUCCACAACAACAUCACUUACAAACGGUCGUACUUGCCGGAUCAAUACUGGGACGGCAAAGGCGUUCUUGAUUUCGUCAACAAAACGAUAAAAAUCGAGAAAUUUUCGUUUCGGGAUAUGACCAUCGUCCACGGCAACUACAGCAACAACAAUGGCACGCAUUACGUCAACGGUCUGUUGAGUAAAGGAAACGACGACACAACAGUAGGGAAGUUCUACAUAAACAUACCCCACAAGGACACCGGACUUGUCGUUAACUUCACUCCUGAUGCUUCCGAGCAAUUGCACAUGUCCGGCAACGUUUUGGAAAGCAAAAACGUCCAGUUCAACAUAUGGAGGACCAAGUAUGGGCUCAUCAUACCAGACGUUCAGUUUUCAUUAGGAUUAAACCACUCCAGGCUAUUGUCUUCGGCACUCACGUGGAGGACCGACCUAAAGAGCAGCCUGGUGAGUACAUUGCGAACGUCGGUCAACCGGACUUGGACUUAUGUACAAGACGCGACUGAAUUUUGGACACAAUAUUUCAAAUCUGAAACGUUCGAAACGGCCAACGGUAUUUGGUUGGACACCAAACCGGAAAUCCAAGAAUUCAUCAACGACAUAAGCAAUUUCCAUGCUCUGGAGGAAGACAUGGCGUAUUUCCGGAAAGUGUUUAAUAAUUCAUACAACGCUAACGACUUCUACUUGAAAGACCUCCAUGGGCUGUACGUCGCGAUGACGGAAGAUAUGUCGUUCAUGGACAAAAUGGGAUCGUUACCGCAGACCGUUAACGAAAUAUGGACAGCUCUAGGAGACACGGGACAGACUAUUAGAAAAUCUAUCGUGUGGUUCAUCGAUAACAUCAAAUUGGCAUAUGAAGAGUUUGGCAAGUUGUUAAAGCGGCUGAUGGAGGGCGAAGCUUUGGUGUACAUGUCUGAGUUUUUGAGUAGUUCUAUGAUCAAAUAUGAUAAGUUGAUUAGAGACGUGCACAUAUCGUUUAUACGGUACGUAGAGAGCAUGUUGGAAGAAUCAUCCAACACCGUGGCUGCCUAUUGGAGUAACGUGUUAAAAACCAUAGAACCGACGGUUGUGCAAAUUUUCCAUCACAUCGAAUCCGUGUUCGUGUCGGCCACUCAGCAAGUCAUCCAGUUUUUAUAUGCCAGACAACAAGAACUGAUGCAAUCGCCUUACUACGCUCAGACGCAAAACAUGACUCAGGACUUGGACAGAUUCUACAAAGACCUGAUGCACAACGACUUCUUCACCAACUUGAAAAAGUACUCGACCAUGUUGUUCAACGUGUUCAAAGCCAGAUAUUACCCGCUGAUACCUUUCGCAAACGAAAUAAACGCUCUCAGAUUGGAAAUCGUGGACGGCGUUCAACAAUUACUGAAACUGCCGUUAAUAUCAUACGUGAUGGACAAUGUGAAAACAACGUACAACCAGGCCGUGUGGUUUUGCGACUACAUCGAUCUCGGUCACAAAUUACAGAAAUUCAUUCCCACGCUGAUCAAUCGAGUGUACGACCUGACAUAUACCGCGGUCGACAACGAAAUGAAAUAUCACAAGCCUAAAACAAAGUUCAUAUGCGACCCGGAAAAAGGUAUUUUAGAGUUGGAACAAAAAUUGCCUUUCUCGUGGCACGCGUUUAACGAGACGCCCAAAUAUGAGGAAAUACCCGAGUACAAAGUGGCCACGAAAAUGCUGAGCAUGUUCGCUCCGUCUAACGUCACGUUCUGGUUCCUUUACUACAACCUGAUGCCCUUUACGGACUACACGAAUUUACUUCCGCCGUUCCGAGCGCACGCCAUGAUAGUGGGAUCGCAACAUUUUGUGACGUUCGACCAAAGACACUACGAUUUCAAAGGUCACUGCUCGUAUCUGCUGGCAAACGAUUUCAUAGGUCACGAAUUCUCGCUGGUGCUUAGCUACGAGCCCGAAAUCAAAGGUCAUUACACCGUUUUGCUGAUGCUCGGUACCGAAACGGUCUCCAUAGAUCUACUACGCAAGGACGUGAGAGUACUGCCCAACAGCAUUAAACAACUGCCGUUACAGCUGAACGACACGGUUAUCUAUUACGAAAACGAAAUGCUCAUAGUGGACAGCGAGAAAGGCCUAUCUCUUUCGUGCAACAUGAAUUUCCAUUACUGCACGUUCCACGUAUCAGGAUGGUAUUUCGGAAAAACAGCCGGACUGUUGGGUACUUUGAACAACGAGCCCAGCGACGACAUGUUGACCUCGGGCGGUUACUUAGAACCGGAGUUGUUCAAGUUUACCGAGAGUUGGGCGCUGAAUGAAGAAAGUUGUAGCUCGUUUUCGGCAAACCCGCGAAAACCUUCGGCUAACCCGCAAAUAGUGGACUUGUGCGACAGUUACUUCAAACAUAAGACUUCGCCGCUGUUCACGUGCUUCUCUAUGAUAAAUCCGAAUCCGUACUACGACUUGUGCUUGAAAAACACCAACAGGAACGAGACGUGCACGCCGGCGAUGGCUUACAGCGAAGCGUGUUCCAUAGAAAAUCUACCGGUCCGGCCUCCCACCAGCUGUAUAAAAUGUGCGGUAACCAAUCAUACGGAGAUCACCGAGGGCGAUUUCUUGCGAUUCAACGGCAGCCACGUACCAUCGUCGGCCGACAUCGUGUUCAUCGUCGAGGCCAAGGAGUGCAACAAGAAUUUUACCGAAAAGCAAAACGUGACCACGCUGCUGACGAUGAUCAUCAAAGAACUGCACGACAUCGGCAUGACCAACAACAAGUUUGCGGCCGUCUUCUUCGGGGGCAGCGGCAUCUUCGACGAACCCCACAGCGUUGUCAUCAACGGUCAAGUAUUCGCCAAUCCCAUUGUGUUCCAGCAAUACCUCAGCAACAUACCGUUCGGUAAUGGUAACUCUGACAUGUUCAACGCCAUCAGAUUCGCGUCCAAGCUGCGUUUCAGGACCGGACACUCGAUCAUAUUCAUAUUGUUCCCGUGCAGUGACUGUGACCCGUCCGACAUGAUGCUGGACUAUUCGGUUAUCAACCACAUAGUGACGGAGAAGAGUAUAAAGUUGCACGUGCUGAUGGACAAACCGUUCGUGGUGGAAAAAUCUAGAGCUGGAAACACAUUAAUAGGUUUGGACGCGGAAACGGCCUACACGAGAAACGACUUCAAGAUGCUCAAAGGCGACGUCGGCCUGAGAAAACAAGUGAAACUCACCAAAAACAUGCUGGGAUACUGCACACCAAUAGUACUGGAGUCUAACGGUUCCAUGUUCACGACGCACAAACUAGAAACGAGAACCCAAAACUCUGGCAAAAAGUUUUUCCAAGUAUUCGCCAAAAGAAUUGCCAAGUCAGCGCCGGCGCCCAGGUGUCAGACGUGCGAGUGCAACUCGGACGACAACGGUAUAAGUUUCAUGGACUGUUAUCCAUGUUCUUAUCCCACGGCCACUAGCAUUGAAUACGGAUUCACCGACGAAGAAGCGUCGCCAACGGUUUUCGCGUACGAUGCCAGUAACACGUUUUUCGACGAGAUGUAAACGACCAAACAAUACAAAUAAUAAUAAUAUAUGAAAUCGACACACAACAGUUUUAUUGUUAUUUCAUACGUUGAUACGUUUUUUUUUCAUUUUUAUGUAAUAUUAAUUUUACAUUAAUAAAUUAUUGAUCUGUUUGUUACCAUCA